UCGCUAUUUUAAGUUUUCUUUCUUUUAUAGAACCACGCCUAUAUAUACUCCCCUGCUGCUCUUCUUGCUUGGAAUUCAUCUCCACAAUUCUCUCUCUCUCACUGCUCCCUCUCUCCCCCCCGAUCCCAUCGGGGCGACGGAAACCCUAACCCUAAUUUCCUUCCCAAACGAUCCGAACAACUUCUCGCUCUCCCAAUCUCAAUUUCGUCCUCUUCAUAUCAGGCCCCCUUGAUCCGAUUUUCGCAGCAGAAAUCCUACUCUACUGUCGAUUCUACUGCGAUCAGGCGUUGGAUUUCGGUGGGGUUCCACGACCAUCGGGAUCUCCGCGGUUGCUCUCCCCGCGCCGUUCUUAGUUCUGGCGAUGCGAAAUUCGAGAUGAAGUUCAAGCGGAGAAGGGUUUUGGAGGUGCCUCCACAUAUAAGAUCCUUUAUUAGCAGCGUUACUACUGCUGCACUCGAAAAUGUAGAAAUACCACUGAGGGACUUCAUCUGGGAGUUUGAUAAGGGAGAUUUUCAUCACUGGAUCGAUCUUUUUAAUCAUUUCGACUCAUUCUUUGAGAAGUUUAUAAAGCCAAGGAAGGAUUUGCAACUUGAAGACAUUUUUCUGGAAGGCGAUCCUCCAUUUCCUAGGGAAGCAGUUCUUCAAAUUCUUCGAGUUACAAGGAUUAUCGUGGAAAAAUGUACAAAUAAGCACUUCUACAGUUCAUUUGAACAGCAUCUGUCAUCUCUUCUAGCUUCAACUGAUGCAGAUGUUGUCGAGGCCAGCCUUCAGACAUUGACUGCAUUUUUGAAGAAAACAGUUGGGAAGUGCUCCAUACGAGAUGCUUCUUUGACUUCAAAGUUAUUUGCAUUUUCACAAGGGUGGGGGGGCAGGGAGGAAGGCAUUGGACUAAUAGCUUGUUCUUUACAAAAUGGUUGCGAUUCCAUUGCGUCCGAGAUUGGCUCCACACUUCAUUUUGAGUUCUAUGCUGUUCAUGAUACAUCAAAAGAGUCCAAUAUUGUCCAACAUGAGAAACAGGGGUUGCAAGUCAUUCAUAUGCCAAAAAUUAGUUGUUACAAUGAGAGUGAUCUUGCACUUCUCCAUAAGUUAGUAGAGGAGUACGGUAUACCUUCCAGUCUACGAUUCUCGCUAUUGACAAGGUUGAGAUUUGCAAGGGCUUUUGACUCUUUAGCUGCUCGAUAUCAGUACAUCCGUAUCCGGUUAUAUGCCUUCACAGUUCUUGUUCAAGCAAGCAAUGAUGCUGAUGAUAUGUCAGCUUUUUUUAACAAUCAACCUGAAUUUAUCAAUGAACUGUUAUCUUUACUAAGCUAUGAAGAUGAAAUUCCUGAGAAAAUUCAAAUCCUGGGAAUUCAGUCAUUGGUUGCUCUUUGUCAGGAUAGAUCUCAUCAACCUACAGUUUUGUCUUCUGUAACAGCUGGUGGCCAUCGUGGAAUCCUUCCCAGUCUCAUGCACAAAGCAGUUGAUUCUAUUACAAGCGGUUCCACAAAAUGGUCUAUUGGUUUUGCUGAAGCACUUCUAUCUCUCGUCUCCAUUUUGGUUUCAUCUACUCCUGGUUCUUUAGCUCUGCAGGAAGCAGGAUUUAUACCUACCAUCUUGCCCCUUCUUAAAGAUACUAAUCCACAACACGUACAGCUUGUUAAUACUGCAGUUCAUGUGAUAGAGGGAUUCUUAGACUUCCAUAAUCCCUCUUCUGCAUUAUUCAGAGAUUUAGGUGGUCUGGAUGAUACUAUUGCACGUCUGAAGAUUGAAGUAUCACAUGUUGAGAAGGUCUCAAUAAAGAACGGAGAAGAGCCUCGGUAUAUUGAUAAGGGCAAGCAAGUCAUGGGCAGUUCAUCUGAGCUAGAUACACAACCUCUUUAUUGUGAAUCCUUGGUUUCAUAUCACCGGAAAUUGUUAAUGAAAGCAUUACUCCGGACGAUAUCACUUGCAACUUAUGUCCCUGGUAGUUCUGCUCGUGUUGAUGGCGCAGAAGAGAGUGUAUUGCCACCAUGCUUGUGCAUUAUUUUCAGGAGAGCAAAAGACUUUGGCGGUGGAGUGUUUUCACUUGCUGCAAAUGUUAUGAGUGAUCUUAUACAUAAAGAUCCUACAUGUUUUCCUGCCCUUGAUGCAGCUGAUUUGCCUCGGGCUUUUCUUGAUGCCAUCAUGAGCGGUGUUCUCUGCUCUGCUGAAGCAGUAAUGUGUAUCCCCCAGUGCUUGGAUGCAUUGUGUCUUAACAACACUGGUCUUAAACUGGUGAAGGAUCAUGAUGCUCUAAGGUGUUUCGUGAAAAUUUUCACUUCGAGGUCAUAUUUAAAAGCCCUCAGUGGAGAAACACCAGGAACCUUGUCCAGUGGAUUGGAUGAAUUAAUGCGUCAUGCAUCCUCCCUACGUGCUUCUGGAGUUGAUAUGCUUAUUGCAAUUUUGAAUACAAUAUCAAAAAUUGGAUCUGGCUUAGAGUCUUGUUCUUCAACAGAGUUACUGAGCUCUUGUACUCCUGUUCCCAUGGAAACCGACCUAGAAGAGGGGAAGCUUAUUUCACUUGGUGAAGGAGAAACAUUGAAGAUGGGAAAUUCUGAACUGUUGAAUGAGGCAUCUUCAGAUAAUGCGUCAAUGACCAUAGAGUCAUUUCUUCCCGAGUGUAUAAGCAAUGCUGCUCGUCUUCUUGAAACUGUUCUUCAGAAUGCAGAUACAUGCCGUGUAUUCAUUGAGAAAAAGGGUAUCGAAGCAGUUCUUAAAUUAUUUACUCUUCAGUUUUUGCCAAUUUCUGUGUCAGUUGGUCAGAGUAUAUCCACUGCGUUUAAAAACUUUUCACCUCAGCAUUCUGCUGCUCUGGCUAAGGCUGUUUGCUCUUUCAUCCGAGAACAUCUUAAGUUGACAAAUGAAUUACUUGCAUCAGUUUGUGGAACUAAGCUUGCUGAUAUUGACUGCUUAAAACAAACUGAAAUCUUGAAGUGUCUCUCUAGUUUAGAGGGGCUGUUGUCACUUUCCAAUUUUCUUUUGAAGGGAACUUCUAUGGUCUCAGAGUUGGGAUCUGCAGAUGCUGAUAUUCUGCAGGAAUUGGGUAAGGUUUACAAAGAAAUAAUAUGGCAGAUCUCUUUAUCUAGUGAUUCCAAGAUAGAUGAGAAGCAGGAUACUGAUCAAGAAGCUGGUAGUGGAGAUUCUUCUGCAUCUAAUGUACCAGGAAGGGAGAGUGAUGAUGAUGGAAAUAUUGUUCCAGUAGUCCGAUAUAUGAACCCUGUAUCAAUAAGGAAUACAUCUUCAUCACGUUGGAGUGCAGAACAGGAUUUUGUGUCUGUGGUACGUUCUGCUGGAAGUAUGCAUCGACAUGGCCGACAUGCAUUGUCACGGAUACGUGGUGGUAGGAUUAGCCGGCAGAUGGAUGCAUCACAUACCGAUUCAGAAAUUUCCAUCGGCACAUUAGAGAGUUCCCUGAUUCAGUAUUCUAAAAAGAGAAGUCCAGACAUCCUUGUUUCGGAACUUCUAACUAAACUUGGUUUAGCUCUGCGUUCCUUCCUUGCUACUCUUGUGAAAGGAUUAUCUACUCGUCGUAGAGGUGAUCCCAGUUCCCUGAGUCCUGCAUCAAAGAGCCUUGUGUCUGCUCUUGCGAUACUUUUCUUUGAUGCCCUUAGUUAUUCUGGACAUUCUAUUGCUGGCCUUGAAAUGUCAUUAUCUGUGAAAUGCCGGUAUCUUGGGAAGGUUGUAGAAGACAUGGCUGCACUUACUUUUGACAGCAGACGCCGCACAUGCAAUGCCACAUUGGUGAACAGUUUUUACGCCAAUGGAACAUUUAAGGAGCUUCUGACUACAUUUGAGGCUACAAGCCAGUUACUGUGGACUCUGCCUUUAUCUAUCCCUACUGGUGGGUCUGAUCAAGGACUCUCUAUUGAUGAGAAGGUAUCUCACAGUUCUUGGCUGCUGGAUACAUUGCAAAGCUAUUGUCAUUUGCUGGAAUAUCAUUGCAAUUCUUCAUUGCUUUUAUCUCCAACAUUGCCAUCUCAGGCUCAGCUUCUUGUUCAACCUGUUGUGGCUGGAUUAUCUAUUAAUCUUUUCUCUGUUCCAAGGGACCCUGAGGCAUUUGUUCGCAUGUUGCAAUCACAAGUUCUAGAUGUGAUCCUUCCUGUAUGGAACCACCCUAUGUUUCCUAAUUGUAAUUCAGCUUUUGUUACCUCCAUGAUUUCCAUUAUUACUCAUAUAUACUCUGGUGUUGGAGAUCUGAAGCAUGGCCGCAAUGGAAUCACAGGAAGCACUGGCCAACGGCUCACCACACCUCCGCUUGAUGAAUCUACUGUUGCCACUAUAGUUGAGAUGGGUUUUACCAGGGCUCGAGCUGAGGAAGCUCUUAGAAGUGUGGGAACAAAUAGUGUUGAGAUGGCCACAGAUUGGUUGUUCAGUCAUCCUGAGGAAUUUGUGCAGGAGGAUGUUCAGCUUGCUCAGGCACUUGCUUUAUCAUUGGGAAAUUCAUCAGAAACACCCAAAGAGGAUAGCAAUGAUAGGACAAGAAAUGCAUUUGCUGAAGAGAGGGUGGUGGAGAUGCCCCCAGUUGAUGAUAUUCUUGGUACAUCAAUGAAGUUGUUUCAAAGUAGUGAUUCGAUGGCAUUUCCAUUGACAGAUUUGUUAGUGACACUUUGCAGUCGAAACAAAGGGGAGGACCGUCCAAGGGUGACCUUGUAUCUCAUUCAGCAGAUUAAGCUUUGCCCAUCAGAUUUUUCGAAGGAUAUCAGUGCACUAUGUCCUAUUUCGCAUAUUUUGGCCCUGCUUCUCAGUGAAGACAGUAGCACGAGGGAAAUUGCUGCAGAAAAUGGUGUUGUUUCUGUUGUACUGGAUAUACUGGCUAACUUCAGAGUAAGGAACGGGUCCAGAAAUGAGCCUUCAGCAACAAGAACUGUAAGUGCUUUGUUGCUUAUUAUUGAUAAUAUGUUGCAGUCUGGACCUAAAUUUAAUACAGAAACUGCUGAAGGUUCUUCUAGAUCCUUAUCUGAUUCAUCUGGAGCGGACAUCUCCUUGGCAAAUCCUUCAUCUGCCACUGAAGAAAAAUCUGUGUUAGACGGCCAUGAGAGAGAAUCUGGCAAUGUGUUUGAGAAGAUUUUAGGGAAGUCAACUGGCUAUCUCUCUCUCGAGGAGAGUCAGAGAGCACUGGCUAUCUCAUGUGAACUUAUAAAGCAGCAUGUUCCAGCAGUAGCUAUGCAGGCUGUUCUACAAUUAUGCGCACGCUUGACAAAAACGCAUGCUAUAGCAACACAGUUCCUUGAAACUGGAGGUUUAGCCGCUAUUUUUAGUCUUCCAAGAACUUGUAUAUUCCCUGGGUUUGACAGUUUAGCAUCUGUUAUUGUUCGGCACCUCAUCGAAGAUCCUCAAACUUUACAAACUGCUAUGGAAUUGGAAAUCAGGCAGACCCUUACUGGCACUCUUAGCCGACAUGCUGGCCGUCUUUCACCUCGCAUAUUUUUGACAUCCAUGGCGCCUGUCAUAUCUAGAGAUCCUGAGAUCUUUAUGAGAGCCGCAGCUGCAGUUUGCCAGUUGGAGUCAUCAGGAGGGAGGAUGAACAUAGUCUUGUUGAAGGAAAAAGAAAAAGAUAGGGACAAAAUGAAAGCUUGUGGCAUUGAAACUGGGGUCCCUUCUAAUGAGCCUAUUAAGAUGCCUGAGAAUAAACCUAAUGAUACCCCAGGCAAAUGUUCUAGAAGCCAUAAAAGAGUUCCUGCUAAUCUUUCCCAGGUGAUUGAUCAACUUUUGGAGAUUGUUACGAGCUUUCCGUCAGCAAGGAAACUUGAAGAAAGUGCUAGUUCCAUAACUCCUAUGGAAGUUGAUGAACCUGCUAUAAAAGAAAAGGGUAAAUCAAAAGUUGAUGAGACAAAGAAGAUGGAUGAUGAUAGCCUCUCUGAAAGAUCUGCAUGGCUGGCGAAGUUGACAUUUGUUCUGAAGUUGAUGAGCGACAUACUUCUUAUGUAUGUUCAUGCAGCAAGCAUAAUCUUGAGACGUGAUGUGGAGACUUGCCAGGUACGGGGAUCUGUGCUAACAGGUGGCCCUGGAAAUGGUGGAAUAGUGCAUCAUAUUUUGCAUCAGGUACUUCCGUUGUCUUCUGAGAGAACUGCUGAAACCUCAGAUGAAUGGAAAGAUAAAUUGUCUGAAAAAGCAUCUUUGUUCUUGGUAGUGUUAUGCGGCAGAUCUACUGAGGGGCGCAGACGAGUUAUUUCGGAAAUUGUGAAAGCAUUUUCUUAUAUUUUAGAUUCAGAAGGCAACUCCUCUAAGAGCAGUUUGUUACCUGACAAGAAGGUUUUAGCUUUUGCUAAUCUAGUAAAUUCCAUUUUGUCCAGAAAUUUGUCAUCCAGUAACUUGCCUGGUCCUGGAUGCUCACCUGAUUUUGCCAAGGCCAUGAUAGAUGGAGGAAUGGUGCAGUCACUUUCUGGUAUCCUUCGAGUGAUAGAUUUGGACCACCCAGAUGCUCCAAAGGUUGUAAACAUGAUACUCAAGGCAUUAGAAAGUCUUACAAGAGCUGCCAAUGCUAGUGAUCAAGUGCUUAAACUGGAUGGGCUUGGUAAGAAAAGAUCUUCUGGAACACAUGGUAGAACUGUAGAUCAGACUACUUCUGAAGUUGAUACUGCAAACCAUGGUCCAAAUGCAAACUUUCAGCAUGAAGCUACUGUUACAGUACAACAUGCAGAACAGCAGAUUCAUGAAUCUCCUCAAAAUGAUAGGGGCCAUGGGACAAAUACGGAGCAGUCUAUAGGGCAGGAUAUGCGAGUUGAUGGGGAGGAAAACAUUGCCACUAAUGCUUCCGUUGGACACGUCUUGGAGUAUAUGCAUGAGGACAUGGAUGAAGGUGGGACACUACCAAACACAAAUGAGGUCGGAAUGACUUUUCGUGUUGAACACCAGACAGACGAUGAUAUGGGCAAUGAAGAUGAUGAGGAUGUAGGGGAGGAUGGUGAGGAUGAUGAUGAAGAUGAGGAGGAUGAGGAAGAGGAUGAGGAGAUAGCAGAAGAAGGAGCUGCAUUAAUGUCUUUAGCUGAUACAGAUGUGGAGGACCAUGAUGACAAUGGUAUGGGUGAUGAAUAUAAUGAUGACAUGCUUGAUGAGGAAGAUGAUGGUUUCCCUGAUAAUCGUGUCAUAGAGGUGAGGUGGAGGGAUGGUUUAUCUGGGUUAGAUCACUUGCGAGUUUUAAGGGGACCUGGUGAUGCAAGCAGUUUCAAUGAUAUUGCUGCAGAGACCUUUCAUGAUGACAUAUCCCGUCUUCGUCGUCUAUUGGGUAUAGAACGCCGCCGUCAAAGUAGCAGGACUUUUCUUUCUCGGUCAAGGCUUGAGGGAAGUGCUUUCCAACAUCCAUUACUUGUGAGACCUUCACAAUUAGGGGAGCCGGUUGCUUCAAUGUGGUCUGCUAGUGGGAACUCGUCUAGAGACUUGGAAGCUUUAUCAUUUGGAGGUUUUGAUGGAGCCCAUUUCUACAUGUUAGAUGCUGGACUUCCAUCCGAACAUGCUGCUGCAACUGUGUUUGGUGACCGUUUGGUUGGUACUGCACCCCCUCCUUUAAUUGAUUUCUCACUCGGCAUGGAUUCUUUGAAUAUUGGUGGAAGAAGGGGAGCUGGUGAUAGUCGGUGGACUGACGAUGGUCUGCCUCAGGCAGGUAGCCAUGCUUCUGCUAUUGCACAGGCAGUAGAGGAACAAUUUGUGUCUCAGUUGCGUGGGUUAAUUUCUGUCGAUGACCUUUCAGCUCAGAGACAGCCUGAUCUCUCUGCAGGACAGGCUAACCAACAAUCACCUCUAUUAGAUGCCAAUGGGGAUACAGCUGUGGCAGGUUAUCUUCCCACUGAACCAAGUGAAGGACAGCAUCGAGAAUUAGAGACUAGUUCAGGGCAUCAGCCAGGGAACUUGCCUGUUGAAGUUGAUACAAGCCUUCCAAACCUGUCUCAUGGAAUAAUUGAUGCACAGUCAGUUGUUGGAGCAGAGGAGAGUCAAGGGACACCAGAAAUAAGGCAAAGAUUUCCUGAUGAUCUGAAUGUUGCACGAAAUGGCAGUGAGACCAUGCUCUGUGGGGAAGGACCUGUGGAAGAAGUUGGCCCGACCACUGUGCCUUUAGAUACUAUUCCCGAAAUGGAUAUAUCAUCUGCUGACUUACAAAGUCUGGAUCACCCUAUGCUAGAUGGUUCUGAAGCACCUGCCAAUCCUCACAAUUUGGAAUUUCAUAAUGAAAGUAGAGAGGGACCCUCAGUUUUGAAUAGCCAUUCUAGUAGUCAUGCCCUUAUUUCUUCAGGCUCUGGCAUGCCAGAGUUGAGUGAUGCUCAUGCUGGUUCAGCUCUUGCAAGUGCUGAUAUUGAUAUGAAUGGAGCGGACACCAUUGGGGAUCAAUUUGAGAGCCCUGUAACUGCUUCUAAUGGAGAUGAAUUAUCUGCCAGGCUAAAUCCAACAGUUCCUCAAGAGGGUAAUCAGGCUGAUCAAGUCCAUGUCAGCAAUGAGGCUUCUAGCACAAAUGCAAUUGAUCCAACAUUUUUGGAGGCACUGCCAGAGGAUCUCCGUGCUGAAGUGCUGGCUUCUCAGCAAAUUUCCCAACCUCAAUCUGCCCAAGCUGCAACAUAUGUCCCACCACCUGCAGAAGAAAUAGAUCCCGAAUUUUUAGCUGCUCUUCCUCCAGAUAUCCAAGCUGAAGUUUUGGCUCAACAGCGAGCACAAAGAAGUAUGCAUUCUCAGCAAGCGGAGGGGCAACCGGUUGACAUGGAUAAUGCUUCGAUUAUAGCUACUUUCCCUCCUGAUCUACGUGAGGAGGUACUCCUUACCUCAUCUGAAGCAGUUUUAUCCGCAUUACCUUCAGCUUUACUUGCUGAGGCCCAAAUGCUUAGAGAUAGGUACCAUCCUCGAAGCAGCUUCUUUGGAGGAAGCCAUAGGCUUGGUGGUAGGAGGCUGGCAAUUGACAGGCAGAUAGUAAUGGAUAGAGGUGUGGGAGUUACUAUAGGUCGAAGAGCAGUGUCUGCCACUGCAAACAGCUCGAAGAUCAAAGAAAUUGAGGGAAUGCCUCUUUUGGAUGCAAAUGCUUUGAAAGCUCUCAUUCGCCUUUUAAGAUUAGCUCAGCCCCUGGGCAAAGGCCUUCUCCAAAGACUUCUACUGAACCUAUGUGCACAUAGUAUUACGCGUAAUAUUUUGGUUGGCCUUUUAGUAGAUAUGGUUAGACCUGAGGCUGAUGGGCAUAGUGGGUCAGCAAGCAUGAUCUCUCAGCGGCUUUAUGGAUGUCAGUGGAAUAUUGUCUAUGGCCGACCUCAACCCUCAGAUGGCCUUCCACCUCUCGUGUCUCGUCGUGUUCUUGAAAUUCUGACAUACCUGGCAACAAAUCACUCUUCUGUUGCAAACAUUCUUUUUGACUUUGAUAGUGCGUUGACCUCAGAAUCAUCAAACGUUAGCCAUUCAGAAAACAAGAGGGAAAAAAGUAAAGAGAAAAUCUUUGAGGCAAAGGCCUCAUCAAGUGUUCCAGAAACAUCACCCAAGGGUUCUAUGCCUCUAAUUAUAUUUUUGAAGCUUUUGAACAGACCGUUAUUUCUGCGCAGCAAUGCACAUCUUGAGCAGGUUAUGUCUUUGAUCCAAGUAGUAGUUAACAAUGCUGUCUCAAAGAUUGAUUGCCCACCUCCCUCUGGACAAGCUGCAGAUGGUUCUGCGAUUCAAGACACACAAAAAGAUUCUUCCACUUUAGAACAAAACCCCGAUCUGGAGAAGAAUCAAGGUUCUUGCCCGGCGGUGCCAUCUUUGGGCAGGAAUAACCCUGUGAGCCAAUAUGAUCUUCUUUUACAGCUUCCUGACUCUGAUUUACACAACCUGUGCACUAUCCUUGCUCAUGAAGGACUUUCAGAUAAAGUAUAUUCACUUGCUGCUGAAGUAGUUAAAAAAAUGGCAUCUGUUGCUUCUCCCCAUCGAAAAUUCUUUGCAACUGAGCUAGCAGAUUUAGCUCGUAAUUUGAGUUCUUCUGCUGUUUCCGAGCUCAUAACUUUGAGGAAUACACAAAUGCUGGGACUAAGUGCUGGUUCUAUGGCUGGAGCUGCAGUCUUGCGUGUGCUACAAGCACUUGGUGCACUCACUUCAGUUGAUGAGAAAAAGGGUGAAGAUGUUGAUGAGGAACAUGAGGAACAAUCUAUACUAAGGAACCUAAAUGCAGCUCUUGAGCCAUUAUGGCAAGAACUAAGUGACUGCAUCAGCACUACCGAGGCAAAGCUAGGGCAGAGUUCAACUUUCUCUUCUCCUGUACAUUUGCCAGAUGCCGGUGAUAUUGGUGGCUCUUCCUCUCUCUCUCCACCUCUUCCUCCUGGCACACAGCAACUGUUGCCAUUCAUAGAAGCUUUUUUUGUUCUGUGCGAGAAGCUGCAGACAAACCAAACUGUUGCAAUGCCAGAUAACAAUGGGACUGCAAGAGAAGUCAUUGAAUUUGCUAGUACUUCAUUGUCACCAUCCCUUAAGUGCGGUGGAACUGGCACUAUAACAUUUGCGAGGGUUGCAGAGAAGCAUCGACGCCUUCUGAAUGUUUUUAUAAGGCAAAAUCCAAGUUUGCUUGAAAAGUCAUUGUCUAUGAUGUUAAAAGUACCGAGGCUGAUUGAUUUUGACAACAAGAGGGCAUAUUUUCGGUCACGUAUUAGACAACAACAUGACCAGCACCCUUCUGCUCCUCUGCGGAUAAGUGUUCGCCGGGCAUAUGUCUUGGAGGAUUCGUACAAUCAGCUGCGAUUGCGUCCCAGUCAAGACUUGAAAGGUCGGUUGACUGUACAAUUUCAGGGAGAAGAGGGGAUUGAUGCAGGUGGGCUGACAAGGGAAUGGUAUCAAGUGCUCUCAAGGGUCAUUUUUGACAAAGGAGCUUUGCUUUUCACUACUGUUGGGAAUAAUGCAACAUUCCAGCCUAAUCCAAAUUCUGUUUACCAAACAGAGCAUCUUUCCUAUUUCAAGUUUGUGGGCCGUGUGGUUGCAAAAGCACUAUUUGAUGGUCAACUUUUGGAUGUUUACUUUACUCGCUCAUUUUACAAGCACAUUCUUGGUGUGAAAGUGACUUAUCACGACAUAGAAGCUGUUGAUCCUGAUUAUUACAAGAACUUGAAGUGGAUGCUUGAGAAUGAUGUAAGUGAUAUCCCUGAUUUGACAUUUAGCAUGGAUGCCGAUGAGGAAAAACACAUCCUUUAUGAGAAAAAUCAGGUUACUGACUAUGAGCUUAAACCUGGAGGAAGGAAUAUCAGAGUUACAGAAGAAACAAAGCACGAGUAUGUGGACCUUGUGGCCGAACACAUAUUGACUACAGCUAUUCGUCCUCAGAUUAAUUCCUUUUUAGAGGGUUUCAAUGAAUUAGUUCCAAGGGAACUUAUUUCAAUAUUUAAUGACAAGGAGCUUGAGCUUCUAAUUAGUGGACUUCCAGAAAUCGAUCUUGAUGAUUUGAAAGCCAACACAGAGUAUACUGGCUACACAACUGCAUCUCCUAUUAUCCAAUGGUUCUGGGAAGUUGUUAAAGCAUUUAACAAGGAGGAUAUGGCAAGACUGCUUCAAUUUGUAACUGGAACAUCCAAGGUUCCCUUAGAGGGCUUUAAAGCAUUGCAGGGUCUUUCUGGCCCUCAACAUUUUCAGAUUCACAAGGCAUAUGGUGCUCCAGAGAGACUACCAUCUGCCCAUACCUGUUUCAACCAGCUAGACCUGCCAGAGUAUUCUUCCAAGGAGCAGUUAGAAGAACGCUUGCUGCUUGCCAUCCAUGAAGCUAGUGAAGGUUUUGGCUUUGGUUGAUAUAUUGUACUUGUCAGCCUCUCCCCUUGGCGCCAAUUAUCUUUUUCUGAUUGCCAUGUACAGAUUUCAGAAGCAAUCAGAUGAAGCUGAUGUCAGAAGCUUGUCUCUCUGAAAUGGCUAGCAUAGGAGAGGUUUUUGGAGAAGGGAAAACUAAUCUAACCUCGAACUCCUAGCUACCUUAUAGUCAGGGAAGAUAUUUUGCACUCUGACGGCAAUACCUAGGGCUUGGAGUCCUUUUGGUUUUUGGAUACAGGCUCCAUAGUAAUUUUGAGGAGUGUAUAUGCUUGAAUGCUCGAAAAACAGUAUCCUGCCUUUAUAUGUAUAUUUUUUUCUUUUCCUUUUUGUAUUAGACGUCUGUUAUCUGCCCCUCAGAUUGUGAAGGGUAGCAGCUGUUCAAAUGAAUAAUUGGAUGGCGUAUAUAAUUUUUUUUAUAUUGUUUUAGAUUAAAUGGCUUAUUCUAGAUGUCAGAACUUUGUAUGGACUUUUUGCCUAUAAGAGUUAAGCAUACAAUUCUUGUAGGGUGAGAGAACUGAUGUAAUUUUUUUUUUUUUUGGUAGAACUGAUGUAAAUAUUUCCCCGGCUACAUUUUGUCUUUGGUGAUCGUUUCUUAAAAAACAGUACCAUGA